AACAGAAAAAGAGGACGGCGGAAGCAAGCAGCAGAGUAGAGACUUGGAGUCGGCGUGGUGCUUGUGUUUCCAUUGAUUGAAGGCAAAGAGUAGAUUGACUAAUAAUGGAGGAUGAUGAGAUGGAUUCUUUAUUCGAAGGGAUGGUGUUGUUUUCUCCAUCUCAAUUAGUAACAGAUCAGAGCCUAGAGGGCGAUCAUUCUGAAUCUCAAUCUCAAUCUCAUCAUGAUGCUCCUUCUUUGGAAGUAGUACCAGCACCGGCAUCCUCAUCAUCUGAGCCCCUUGAUGAAGACCUGUUCUCCGACCUCACUCUCCAAACCCCCGAAUACCAACCCUCCCCUUCCAAAACAAAGUCUUCCCGAAAGAAAAAGAAAGCCGCUGGAUUACGGAUCGGAUACGCUAGAGAUUCGCCUCGUAUACUUCCUGACGGAGAUUAUGAUGAUGACACUUUUGAUGAUGAUUCUUCAAUUGUGGCGGAUGAAACUUCUUCUACUUCUAAUGUACCUGAUAAAGACAAAGAGAAAAAGAAAGAUGAUGAUUAUAAUAAUCCCCAACAAAGAUUUGAGCAUGUUAAGACUCGGAUUUUAGAAAAGCUCAACACUGCUCGUGAAUUUUCCUCCUCCGUUUCUGCAGCCCGCAAGGAUUCGAUCCGUAGAAGAAGAAAAGCUUCCGAAGAUCUUCUUUCAGCAUCCUUAAAGCGCUCUCUCCUUGAAAAGCACUUGGACGAAGCAUGUGAGGCGGAAGAUUUUGAGACCGCCCAGAGGAUCAGCGACGACCUCGCUUCGUCCGAGAACCAUAAACAAUCUCUUCUCAUUGCUCUCAGAGAUGCUGAAGCCCAUUGCGAUGCUGUUGAUUCCCAGGUGCAUCAGGUUCUCCUCUCCCAGAUUGCUGCCGAGGAAGAAUCUGCUUCGUUACUCUACCGUUUCUCUGCUGAUGCUAAAAAUGAUGCAGAUGUGUUUUUGAAGCAAGCAGAAACAUUAUCUUCUGAAGAAAUGGAAAAAUGGCUUUCGUCAACUGAAGCCUUGGAGGGCAGAAAGAUAGAACUAGAAAUUGAAUCACAUCUUGUAAAUGAUGCCCGUUCGGUGUUGAAUAAUUCAGUUGACGCUCCAAUUGAGGAUGAUAAAAGAGAGAAAGAAUUUCUUUGUAAGAGAAAGAAUAUGCUGUUUGAUGAACUGCAGAAGCUACUUGCUUUGGUGAGGGAGAAAGAGAAGGAGAUAGCUGACAAUGACUCUAAAAUCCAAGCAGUUGAGAAAAGGAUUGCUGAUGCACUCUCUGGUUUUCAGGAACUCCAAUCUAGCGUUGAUACAAAGUUUGAUAACUUGCAAUCGGCAAUUUCUCAGUUGGAGUUAGAGAGUGAAGCUUUGUUGAUGAAAAAAAAGGAAAUUGAUGAGUUCCUCAAGGAGGAAGUGGACAGGGUAACAAAGCUUAAGGAAAUUGCCAGAGUUUCUGCAGAUGAGGCAAAAGCAUACCAAGAAAUGGUUGGGCUGAGAAGAAGUCUUAUGUCGUCUGUUUUAAAAUCCAGGGAUUAUAAAGUGAGGCUUGCAAAGACUGAGGAGAAACUUUCAGAGGAAAUACAGAUGCUUCAACAGGAGGUUUCUGCAGCAAGAACUUCCCUACAGGAACUGUCUUCCAUGAAAUCAAGCAUCCAGCAAACUGCGGCAUCCUUCAGACAGAGAAUUCUUUUUACAGACAAAAGAGCCCCAGAACUUGAAGCAGAAAAGAAAGUUGCUGCUACUGCAAGAAAUUUCAAGGAAGCUGCACGAAUAGCUGCUGAGGCAAAGUCAUUGAGUGGUGAAAAGGAUAGCUUACAAAUUGAAAUGGAUAAGGCAGUUUUGAAGCUCGAGAAACUUGAGGGAAAUUUUAAAGACACUGUUAAACGAUUGCAGGAGACUGAAGAACUGAUUAUAUCCAAGGAAAAAGAGAUGGCAGUAGCUCGAUUUCAGAGGUUACUUAUAGUUUCUGGUGCUGCUACUGCAGAAAGAUCAGCUGCCCUAGAGUUGGGUAACCUUGAAGAAGCUAAUCUUCUACUUGGUGAGGCUGAAGCAGCUGAUCAAGAAGCUAAAAAACUUAAACCUAUCUACAAUUUAAGGGAGGAAGAAUUUGAAAAUCUACCAAAACACUUCAUCUCCAUGGAACUUGUUGCCAAUUUUGGCAAGAAGCAAUUGGCAGAAUUGGCUGCAUCUGUCCAUCUUUCUUCAGCCUGAUAUAACAAAUUUAUGAUAAGUAUGAAUAGCCUCAAUUGUUGCACUUGGAGGGGCACCAAGACUGGGAUUUUGAUGCUUUCUUCAGAAUUUAUGCUAACCCCUGGAUGCCUUGAGAGAUGAAGCCCACAGGCAUGACAGUUAUCUUGUUUGAUGAUAUUGAGUCUGGAUCCUCUGGUUGCCAGUGAUUGUCUUGCCCUGUCUCAACUCUCAAGCAAGUUCAGGUUUUGCUCAACCAAUAAUAGGGGAAGAAGAGAAAAAAGAAUUCUGAACCAGUUGCUCUAUUUAUUGACAAAGCGAUUUAGUUUGUCUCCCAUAUUGGUUACCAUCCUAUACAAAAUUUUGCAUUUUCAAUUUGUCAGCAACAAUUAUCAUGUACGCUUGGCUUUAAAUUUUUAUUCUUGAAUGUGUAUUUUAUAUGAAUAAUAGCUUCUUUGCAUGUUUGGUUGCA